AUCACUGUUCCUACAUUACACUACACUGCACAACACCUCAUUCUCUUCUUCUCUCCUUUCUUCUUUCUUUACACAUAUUUCUCCACUCCUCCAUUUUCAUUCUCUCUCUCUAAAAUGACUUUUCCUUCUCUCCUCUCUUUUCUGCUCCCCCUUCUCCUUUCCUUCUCUUCUUCAUUCUCCACAAAUUCUGAAGGAAACGCGUUACAUGCUUUGAGGACCAGACUUUCAGACCCCACCAAUGUUCUGCAGAGCUGGGAUCCCACUCUCGUCAAUCCUUGUACCUGGUUUCAUGUUACCUGCGACUCUAAUUACCGUGUUGUUCGCUUGGACUUGGGCAAUUCCAAUAUUUCUGGGACUUUAGGUCCGGAGCUAGGCGAACUAAAGCACCUUCAGUAUUUGGAGCUCUACAGAAACAAUAUUGGAGGGAGAAUCCCAAAGGAAUUGGGCAAUUUGGGAAAACUAGUCAGCAUGGAUCUGUAUGGAAACAAAUUCAGGGGGAAUAUUCCCAAGUCUUUUGCUAACUUAAAGUCUCUUAGGUUUCUGCGGUUAAAUGAUAACAAGUUAACUGGAUCAAUUCCAAGGGAACUCACCACUCUACCAAACCUCAAAGUUUUCGAUGUCUCCAAUAAUGAUCUUUGUGGGACUAUACCGGUUGAUGGCCCCUUUGGAAUUUUUCCCAUGGACAGUUUUAGGAACAACAGGCUUAACGGUCCAGAGUUGAAAGGGUUGGCGCUCUACGACUUCGGAUGCUAAUUAAGGAGGUCUACAGAAUACUUGCUCAGUUCAAGACAACUUGCAUAAGAAAGAAUAUAGGAUCAAAUAGCUAACAUUAAUUUAUAUUUCUGUCCUUUCAUUACCUAUUGUAACCGCUUGAAGUAGAGACUAUGCAUUCAUAAACAGCUUCACGGAGAGUUUUGAGCUCAAUACUGUGUACUGCUUUUAACAUAAACGUGGAACGAAGAUGAAGAUGAUUGGUGUCUGAAGUAUAAUUUAUAUGAAAAGCAAAUGGAGGAAGGUUUCCUCUGUCGUUUAGGCUCUA